GGCUGGCGCCCUGGCGACUCUUGGGUUUCGCGGAAAAAAAAGAUUACUCAAAUCUCCAGCACAGAACCAGUUGUACUGAGCUUCUUAAGCUGCUUCAGUCCAGAAUGGCUGUGGAAUCCAGAGCAAUUUCAACUCAGGAUCAUCAAGAACAAGGAUUACUACUGGUGAAAAUAGAAGAUGGCUUUUCCUGGAGCCAUACAUUUAAACAGAAUGGAAGCACCGAAUCCUGCCAAGAAUUGUUUCGCCAGCAGUUCAGGAAGUUUUGCUACCAUGAGACACCUGGACCUCGGGAGGCUCUGGGCCGACUCCAGGAGCUUUGCUAUCAGUGGCUAAUGCCAGAGUUGCAUACCAAGGAACAGAUCCUAGACCUACUGGUGCUAGAGCAGUUUCUGAGCAUUCUGCCUGAGGAGCUGCAGAUAUGGGUACAGCAACAUAGUCCAAGAAGUGGAGAGGAAGCUGUGACCCUGUUGGAGGAUUUGGAGAGAGAGUUUGAUGAUCCAGGACAACAGGUCCCAACUAGUCCACAGGGACCAGCGGUGCCAUGGAGGGAUUUGACAUAUCUCAGAGCAUCCAAGGAGUCAGAAAACAUCCAGCUCCAGCUCCAGCUCCAGCCUCUGAAGACACAGUUGAAGUCCUGGAAACCUUGCCGUUCCUCCAAAAGUGUUAUCAUUUCAGAUUGUGAGAACAAUGAAACAGCAAGUAAUAUCAUUUCAGAAGAAAAAUCACAGGAACUCUGUCAGGAAGCUUCAUUUGGAGGAGGUGAUGGGCAGGAAAGCAGUUUAGAGUGGCAGCAAGCAAGUGCUACACGGGAGAAGUUAAGAAGAUCCCCUCCCCAUGGGGGCAGCUUCAGUCAAGUGAUCUUCACACACAAAUCUUUAGGAAAGAAAGACCAUGAUGAUGAGCCUCAAAGAUUCUUGAUUCUAAGUGCAAACUCUAUAACAUGUCAGAAGGUUCCUGCAGAAGAAAGACCUUAUAGAUGUGAUGUCUGUGGGCACAGCUUCAAGCAGCAUUCGUCUCUCACUCAGCAUCAAAGAAUCCAUACUGGAGAAAAGCCCUAUAAGUGUAACCAGUGUGGAAAGGCCUUUAGUUUGAGAUCAUAUCUGAUUAUUCACCAGCGAAUUCAUAGUGGUGAGAAAGCAUAUGAAUGCAGUGAAUGUGGGAAAGCCUUCAAUCAGAGCUCAGCUCUCAUUAGACAUCGGAAAAUUCAUACUGGUGAAAAAGCUUGUAAAUGUAAUGAGUGUGGCAAAGCAUUCAGUCAAAGUUCGUAUCUCAUUAUACAUCAAAGAAUUCACACUGGUGAAAAGCCCUACGAAUGUAAGGAAUGUGGGAAAACUUUUAGCCAGAGCUCAAAGCUUAUUAGACAUCAGCGAAUUCAUACAGGAGAGAGACCUUAUGAAUGUAAUGAAUGUGGGAAAGCUUUUAGGCAGAGCUCAGAGCUGAUUACUCAUCAGAGAAUACACAGUGGAGAGAAGCCCUAUGAAUGUAGUGAAUGUGGGAAAGCCUUCAGUCUGAGCUCCAACCUCAUCAGGCAUCAGAGAAUUCACAGUGGAGAGGAACCUUACCAGUGUAACGAAUGUGGCAAAACCUUCAAAAGGAGCUCAGCCCUUGUUCAGCAUCAGAGGAUCCAUUCUGGGGAUGAAGCUUAUAUAUGUAAUGAAUGUGGGAAGACUUUCAGGCACAGAUCAGUUCUCCUGCGCCACCAGAGGGUCCAUACUGGGGAAGGACCUCUUAAUUGUGAUGGAUGUGACAAAAGCUUUGCCUGGAGUACAGGCCUUCUUAAGCACCAAAGAACCCAUUGGGAGAAACCCUAUGAAUGUGAUGAAUGUGGAAAAGCCUUUCGUAUGAGGUCUGCCCUGGUUCUACAUCAGAGAAUUCAUACUGGUGAGAAACCCUAUCCUUGUCAUUGGUGUGUCAGAAGUUUCAUUCGGAGCUCAGACCUUAUUAAACAUCAGCGAGUCCACACAGGUGAAAAACCUUAUAAAUGUGAUGAAUGUGGGAAAGCCUUCAGUCAGAGCUCAGAUCUCAUCAUCCAUCAGAGAAUUCAUACAGGAGAAAAGCCCUAUCAGUGCAGUCAUUGUGGUAAAAGUUUUAGCCAACACUCUGACCUAGUAAAACAUCAGCGAAUCCAUACUGGAGAGAAGCCUUAUACAUGUAACCAGUGUAACAGACGCUUUAGUCAGAGUUCUGAUGUUAUAAAACAUCAGCGAAUCCACACAGGAGAGAAGCCAUAUAAGUGUGAUGUGUGUGGGAAAGCCUUCAGUCAGAGCUCAGAUCUUAUUCUACAUCAGAGAAUCCACACUGGGGAGAGGCCAUAUCCAUGCAAUCUGUGUAAUAAAAGCUUUAGUCAGAACUCAGACCUUAUUAAACAUCUAAGGAUUCACACUGGAGAGAAACCCUAUAAAUGUAAUGAUUGUGGAAAGGCUUUUAACCAGAGCUCAGUCCUUAUUCUACAUCAAAGAAUUCACACCGGAGAGAAACCUUAUCCAUGUAAUGAAUGUAGCAGAACCUUCAGCAGGCUUUCAGAUCUUAUGAAUCAUCUGCGAAUUCACACUGGUGAGAAACCUUUCCCAUGUACUCAGUGCAGUAAAAUGUUUAGUCGAAGGUCAGACCUUGUUAAGCAUUACAGAAUUCACACAGGUGAGAAGCCCUAUGAAUGUGAUGAAUGUGGAAAGACUUUCAGUCAGAGCUCCAACCUUAUUCUACACCAGAGAAUCCACACCGGAGAGAAACCCUAUCCAUGUCAUUAUUGCACUAAAAGUUUUAGUCGCCGCUCAGAUCUUGUAAAGCAUCAAAGAAUCCACACUGGUGAGAAACCCUAUAUGUGUAAUGUUUGCCGGAAAAGUUUUAGUCAAAGCUCAGAUCUCACUAAACAUCACAGAAUACACUCUGGUGAAAAGCCCUACCAUUGCACUAGUUGUGAGAAAGCCUUCAGUCAGAGUUCUGACCUCAUCCUUCAUCAGAGGAUUCACACUGGAGAAAGGCCGUACCUGUGCAUGUGGUGCAACAGGGGCUUCAGUCAGAACUCAGACCUUAUCAAACACCAGAGAAUCCACACUGGAGAAAAACCGUACGUAUGUAACAAGUGUGGGAAGGCAUUCAGUCAAUGCUCAACACUUAUUUUACACCAGAGAACCCACACCGGGGAGAAACCCUAUUCAUGUGUUCAGUGUGGCAAAAGCUUUAGCCGGCGCUCAGAUCUCAUUAGCCAUCAAAGAAUCCACACUGGUGAAAGAACAUGUAAAGGUUAUAGAUAUGGGGAAACAGUCAGCCUGGACACAGAACUGAAUGGACAGCAGAGCAGCCACACUGAAGACAAACUCUUCCAGUGUGUUCAGUGUAAUAGGUGUUUUAGCCAACUCUCUGAUCUUCUUGAUCAUGAAAAUCUCCAUGCUGAGGAAGACAAUCUAACUGAGAUGGGUGUGGGGAAACCUUUAUAGUGUGUGCACCAGCAUUAUUCAGGACCAGAGAUAACCAUACCAGAACAAAAACCUUAUGAAUGUAAUUAAAGAGCGUGAAAUAAGGUCUUACUCAGUGUUCAACUCAUGCUACAUUUAGAAAACUAUGAAGAAAAAAAAAGCAACUUGAUUUUUGUUAUUCAAUGUGUCGGCUUUGGCAGUACUGAAAAUUGAGAAAAAUACUAAGGAAGAAUUCUGGGAGUUGUGGGGAAAACUUCGUUGUUAAUAAAUUUUUUUCAUGAAUGUUA